GGGUUCGACGGGGCAGGUCUGCGGGAGGAGGCGUUUCACCGACUCCACACCGUCCACGUUUCCUCAGCUUGACCAGCACAGGACGAGGACAGUAUGUGGACACUGGCUCUUCAGUUGGCUUUCACUGGUUUAUAUCUACAGGUAGCCACAUGCUACCCAUCAUGUAUAUUGAAUGGCCGUGUAGCCUACUGUGACUUUCAGCAACACUACUGGGUACCUAUUCUGCCUCCCAGCAUCACCAGCCUCUACCUGAGGGAAAACUACAUUAGUGAGAUCAACAGUACCUCACUCAGGGACUAUGACCAGCUGCAAGAGCUAGAUCUUGGUGCACAGAAAGUGCACUUGGUCAUAAGGAACAAUGCUUUCCUCAGGCAGAGAAACCUGACACGGUUGGUUCUAGACAACAAUCUUGGUCUUCAGCUGGAGCCAAGGGCAUUUGCAGGGCUGUUCAAUUUACAGAACCUCAUUUUGCUUUAUUGCAGUUUGACAGACUCCAUACUGUCAGAAAGCUAUCUGGAACCACUUUUGUCCUUAGAAAAACUUAAUCUCUUCGCAAACAAAAUAGUGAAUCUGCGACCUGGACUGUUCUUUUCAAAACUCAGAAAUUUUACAGAGUUAAACCUAAAACUGAAUCAGAUUGAAAGAUUAUGUGAAGAAGACCUUAUUGGUUUCAGGGGGAAAACCUUCAGGAUCCUGAACUUAGAAUCCAACAGCUUAAGUCGAAUGUUUGAAAAAGAUUUUGAUGGGAAAAACUGCAGGAACCCUUUCACAGGAAUGACCUUUGAAAUCCUUGACCUAUCCACUAAUGGUUUCAGCAUGAACACAACAACAGAGUUUUUCAAAUUAAUAGAUGGCACUCAGAUUUCUCAUCUUAUAUUCUCUGGACAUUUAGGUAGAGGAUUUUCACAUGCCAACCUUCCCGACCCAGAUGAAAGCACAUUUGAAGGCCUCACAAAUAGUGCAGUUAAUUCUUUAGAUCUGUCUAACAACUGUAUAUUUGCUUUGCAGAAGGCUGUUUUUAGACCCCUUAAUAAUGUGACAAUUAUUGACAUUUCCAGAAACAAAAUCAAUCAGAUUAACAGAAAUGCCUUCGAUGGCCUUCAGGGACAUUUACUAUUGCUCAACCUGUCGUACAACCUCCUGGGAGAAAUAUAUUCUCAUACAUUCUCUGGUCUGACAAACCUUCUGAUUUUGGAUUUGACCUCCAACCACAUUGGUGUAUUAGGAUACAAAGCUUUCAGUGAUUUACCCAAAUUACAAAUGUUAUAUCUAACAGGAAAUUCACUGCGAGACCUGGGUUUUCCUGAACCUUUACCAAGCUUACAAUAUCUCCUUUUGGAUGACAAUAAGUUGAAAUCAGUAAUUGACAUUGAUAAACUGGGUAUGAAUAGCAUCUAUGUUGAUGUUACAGACAACAGAUUAACUAACUUGAACGAUGUUUAUUCCAUAAUGAAUGGCUUCAAGCAUCUCAUAUAUUUCUACUACGGUGGCAACUUCAUCAAGUGGUGCAGUCCAGAUGUUACAGUACCUUAUAAUAAUAGUAUACAAGUGCUGGAUCUUCAUGACACUUCCUUGCAGAUCAUUUGGGCACAGGGGAAAUGCCUUGACCUCUUUGAUCAUCUCAACAAUCUUCGCAGUCUAACUAUAAGCUUAAAUUCUCUCAUGACUCUCCCACAAGGGAUUUUCAGCGGUCUCAGUUCGAUCAUAUUUAUCGACCUCUCAUCUAACGCCUUGACGCAUUUGCAGCCAAAUGUCUUUCCAGUCAGUCUGAAAAUACUCGACCUCUCAAACAACUUCCUAGCCUCCCCAGAUCCUGCAACCUUUCUGUCUCUCUGGAAUCUCAGCCUGAGGGCAAAUCGGUUUCUCUGCGAUUGCAAUCUGGAGAGCUUCCUUGUGUGGCUAAAUGUGACAAAUGUAACCUUCUUGAGCCCAGUAGAGGAGUACACUUGUGAGUUUCCAGCUGCUCUUCAUACUCUUCCUCUGCUGGAUUACUUCACAAAUUUUGAACCAUGUGAGGAAGAUGAUGAAAAGGCCAUCCAGGAUCUUAGGUUUGCUCUCUUCAUCUUUUCUGCCCUCUUCCUCAUCACUCUCAUCCUCGGUGGGAUUGUUUACGCCCAUCUUCGAGGGUACAUAUUCUUUGUUUACAAAAGAAUCACUGCCAGAGUUCUCGAGGGCCCAAAGCCACCACCUCCUGUGGAAGAGGUGCAGUAUGAUGCUUUCCUCUGCUUCAGCAACAGUGACUAUGGGUGGGUGGAGGCUGCUUUGCUGAAGAAGCUUGAUAACCAGUUUUCAGAGAAGAACAUGUUCCACUGUUGUUUCGAGGCCAGAGACUUCUUACCAGGCGAGGAUCAUCUUUCAAACAUCAGAGAUGCCAUCUGGGGCAGCAGGAAGACUGUGUGCAUCAUCUCCAAGGAGUUUCUUAAAGAUGGCUGGUGCUUGGAGGCGUUCACCUUGGCCCAGGGCCGGAUGUUAGAGGAGCUUACAAACGUCUUGAUUAUGAUGGUGGUAGGGAAGGUGGCCCCCUACCAGCUGAUGAAGUACAACGCACUCAGAGAUUUUGUCAAGAGAAGAGAGUACCUCAUCUGGCCAGAGGACCCUCAGGACCUAGACUGGUUUUAUGAGCGACUCAUCUCACAGAUACUCAAAGACACCAAGGUCAAUUGGUUAGCAGGGGACAAACCUGAGUCUGCGCAGCCUGACAUUCAACCUCAACGUGAUGACGGCAUCCAGCUAGAGGACAUCAGAGCAAUUGCCAUGUGAAUUCAGACUGUAUGUUCAAAAAUCCCUUCUGUAGCUGGGAAAACCUUCUCAUUGCACCUUCCAACCCGCUGAAAGGUCACCAGCAUGAUACAGUAGUUCUCAGGCUCCUUAGCAGGGUGAGGAAGAAGUUAUGGUAUACUGUACAGCACUCCAUGACCUAAUGAUAUGUACGGUUCAAACAAAUGAUUGUGUUUUUAGAGUAGCAGUAACUGUCAAAUUAGUCAAGCGUAAAUGAUAAACAUUUACUGGUGAUCUGUUCUCGCUAAUGUGAAAUGUUGGUGCAAAUGCAGCACUGUUCAGCCUUUUGUUCGAAGGAUGAAGCAAAUCCACUGCACGGUUUUGAAAGUUGGAAGAGAGGAAGUCUGUUAUCACUGUUGUGUAACUGCAGCUCCAGACAGGCCUGAACAUGGGUGUGUUGAUAGCGCAUGCUAAAAAGUUUGGUUUGUCAGUGUGUUAGAAGCUGCUGUACAUUUUAUUAUCUGUAUAAUGCAUGAGGGGUUUGCUUGCAGAACUGUUAAUUUUUUUCUAGUGUAUCACUCCUACCACAAAGUGUUUUUUCAAAUCAAGUGUUUAUUAUUAAUUACUGAAGAAGCCUUUUAGAAAUAAAUGUUCACCUUGCAUCUUGUCCAUUCAUGUGCAU